AAGGAUAAAAAAAAUACAUGUUUGAACACAGCACUCAACCUGAAAAAAGAUAAUUUAAAUAUACACAGCAUCACAUGACAAACAGGGCAGUGAUGGGGUUUUCUUUGUUUUGUUUUUGUUUUAACUUUGUCACAUUAUGACCAAAUAACAACAUACUUGAAUCAUUUUCUUUAGGGUCAAAUUUAUUUUCAAAUUCCAAAUUUGAAUGAUGCAUUAUCUUCACAAUUUGUCUGUUAUCACAAAAUUUCCAAACUAAGCCCUGCCACUUCUGUGGAUCAAAGCCACUUGGCAAGGAUUGGCCAAUCAGAAUGAAUCUGUUGAUCAAAGCCACUAAAGCAGUUCCUGUGUUACUAACAACCAGCAGUAGAACAUACAGUAUUCUAACUUGAACCAAGGUGAGGUGAUAUCAGAGGUGUGCUCUUCCUGACUGAACUACAAAUAGACAUGAUGGACAUUCUGUAUAGCCAGCUGGAGCCACAGGUUUCUGACAGCAUGCAUUCCCAGAGGCUGAGCGAAGAGGCAAAGACCAGCCACUUCCUGGAAAUACAGAACGAGAUGCUGAUUUUAGACCUGGUCGCCGAGUUACAGAAGAACAAGUCUCUGAUGAUGGAGAAUGAGGCUUUGGCCAGAGAGCUGAAGAAGGAGCGAGCCAUGAGACUCCAGAACCAGAACAACCCUGUUGUGCACAAACCAGAACAUUCCGAACCAGAGGCUUUCCAACGAGAGAUGGAGGCUCUCAAAGUAGCUUGCCAGAGGAUCUACCAAGAUCUAAACCACCAGGUGGAGGUCAACCACAGCCUGGAGACCACAAUAAUGAAGCUGUCAGUCAGGCUGAUGACAGAAAUCAACGAGGUGGAGGCUUUAGCCACAGAGAACGAGUCUUUGAACCAGCAGCUGCUGGAGCAGCAGAUCAGACUGGAGGCACAGCUGAAAACCCAUGAGUUAGAGGUGGAGCAGCUUCACAAGCAGUUGGAGGAGCAGAGGGUGGCGCACCACCAGGAGAUGGGGCAGGUUGUGAAGGAGUCCAAAUCUGGGUGUGAAGCUCUGAUGCAGCAAGUGGACAGACUGAAGGAAGAAAAGGAUUACCUGGAAGUCAAACUGAUAAAGGCGGACGAACUUUCCAAGCAGAUGCAGGAGCUGAGUGCCAGACUGUGCACCGACCUGGAAACAAAGAGCAAAACUCCAUUCUCUAUCAAAGCAGGUUCCAGGCAGGAGGAUCUGCAGCUCCAUAUGUAGAAGAGCAACUAACAGUCAACAUUUGUUAUCUGAGAAUAUAUUAUCGAAGAAAAUAUACGCUGAAUGUGUCAAAAGUUU